AGAAGAAAAUGUCUCAUUCACUGAAUUUGUCUUAGGCCUCCAAAUGUAUUGGGUCGUCUCUGGUUUUCUGCUGCAACUUUUUUUUGCAGGAUACAAAAAUAAAUCUAUAAACUAAUCAAUCUAACUUGAUGAAGUACUUUGUAGGUCAGUCAAAAUGGACAAGAGUUGGAUGACAAUAAAAAAUAGAAUGAAGAGUAAAGAGUAUAGAGAAGGGGUGAAGUCCUUUAUUGAAUUUGCGGUGGCAAAUUUAGGCUCAGCAAAUGAUAUUUGGUGUCCUUGUGUCGAGUGCAUGAAUGACAAAAAACAAAGCAUUCAAGUUGUCAAGAUUCAUUUAAUGUUGAAAGGAAUCUCGCCUUCUUACAAGACUUGGGUGCAACAUGGAGAAUCGGUUCACGUGCAUCAAUCUUGUGUUUCAAAUAAUGCUAACUGUGACAAUGGUGGAGGUGUUGAGGAUAGAAUGGCUGGGGAUGGCACCGAUGAUAGGGAAGAAUUGUCUAAUAUGCUGGAAGAUGUUUGCAUGGGCGCUUUCAUGAAUGACGAUAUUGACGAAUUGCCUAAUAACUUGGGGAGGGAGGAUGCACAGAAUUUUGAUAAGUUGUUCGAUGAUGCUCAACGACCCAUUUAUCCUGGUUGCAAAACUUUUACAGUAUUAUCAUUCGUUAUUAAAAUGCUUCAUAUUAAGGUGUACAACCAGUGGAGCAAUUCCUCUUUUGACAUGAACAUGAAGGUAUACAAGGAAAUUCUACCGGAGUGUGAUAAGUCUGUUCCAUGGACCCUUUAUGAAGUCAAGAAAUUUUUACGAGAUUUGGGUUUGGGAUAUGUGCUAAUUCAUGCAUGCAAAUAUGAUUGUGCUCUUUUUUGGAAGGAGAAUGCGAACCUGGAGAAAUGCCCUAUAUGUGAUGAGCCUAGAUAUAAGCUGAAUGAUGGUAACGGUAAGAAGAUUCCUCAUAAAAUUUUGCGGUACUUUCCCCUGACACUGAGAUUGAAGCGCUUAUUUUUGUCUCCGAAAAUAGCUGUAGAUAUGAGAUGGCACAAGGAGAAGCGAGUGGAUGACGAAACAUUAAGACAUCCGGCUGAUGGGGAGGAAUGGAAGAACUUUGAUCGGCAACAUCCUGCGUUUUCCAAGGAUACGCGGAAUGUGAGGUUAGGGCUAGCCACCGAUGGUUUCAAUCCUUUUGGAAAUAUGAGCACAUCGUACAGUAUGUGGCCCGUUAUCGUGAUGCCUUAUAAUCUUCCACCUUGGAAGUGUAUGAAAGAGCAAUUUUGUAUGCUGUCAUUGCUUAUUCCCGGAAAAACGGCUCCCGGUAAAGAAAUAGAUGUUUACUUGAGGCCAUUAAUUGAUGAGUUGAAAGAGCUUUGGAAGGAUGGCGUGCAAACUUAUGAUGCCUCUAGUGGAAGUACAUUUAGAAUGCGUGCUGCUCUCAUGUGGACCAUUAAUGACUUUCCUGCAUAUGGUAACAUGUCUGGAUGGCCAACAAAAGGUUAUUUGGCUUGUCCCAUUUGUAACGAAGAUGCUUCAUCAGAACGUUUGAGGAGUAAGAUUGGCUAUAUGGGUGCGAGGCGUUUCUUGCCUGAGAACCACAUAUGGCGAAAGAGCAAGCUCUUUAAUGGUAAAAGUGAAGACAGGUCAAGGCCACGAGAGUUCACGGGAGAAGAGAUCUUGGAGCAAAUUAAUUCAGGGACAUACAAGCCGUUGGGCAAGCAUCCAAGCAUUAAUAAGAAAAGAAAAAGGGGCAAAGAUGCUGACACGAUUUGGGCCAAGAAAAGUAUUUUGUUUGAUCUCCCUUAUUGGAAAACACUCAAGCUGCGUCACAACUUGGAUGUCAUGCACAUAGAAAAGAACAUUGCAGAAAAUAUUGUUGGGACAUUACUGGGCAUAGAUGGGAAAUGCAAGGAUACAGAAAAAGCACUUUAUAAGAAUUCUAUAAGAAAACUCAUACCAAGAAGAACAAAGAGUGGAUUGAUCCUAUUUGCGCCGUGAAACAUGUAGUCAAAGAUGUUGAGCUUGCGAGAAGAAUCUUCCCAAUCCGGUGUGCAAUUAACAUCAGAGGAGAUGUCUAGGCAGGCACUUGGAAAAAGGAAGAGAUACAUUCUUGGAUUUGGGGAUGGGCCGAAGCCCUCUUCAUCUUCUUCCACACCUAGUCGUGUGUCACAAGACCAUGUUGGGGAGUUACAGAAACUUAAAGCUGAGAUGGAGGAGAUGAAGAUGGAGCGUGAGAUGGAGCGUGAGGAGCUGCGGAGGCAAUUGGAACAGGAGAGGAGAGAGCGUGAGGAGGAAAAGAAAGAGCGAGAGGAAGAACAGAAGCAAAUUGCACAUCUUACAAGUUUGGUGACAGAGUUCUUAAAGAAAAAGACUCAAACACAUAAGUCGUCUAUCCAUCAUGAUGGGGCCAUGUCAUCAACUGGUGGCACAAAUACUCGUUGAUACAUGGUGGAGUUAUGAGCAUGUGAAUCUAGUUUUUGGUACAUGGAUAGCUUUUGUUCAGAUGAUCAUGGUGGAGUUGUCUACAAGCAGAAAUCAAUUUUUUGUUUAUUCAUAUUUUUAUCUACAUGAUGGUUGUUUGGAUGACUUGUAAGAUCAGAUAUUUUGGCAUUUUUAAUUUACAUUUUGAUGUGUUUGGUGAUGAUUAUCACCUUAACAUAUGGUAUGGAUGAAACAUUUUGAUGAAUGGUUAAUAGGUUUGCUUGACUUUAGACUUAUAGAUGAUGAUAUUUAUAAUAAAUGAUUAUGGAUUCUCCAA